AUGUUUUAUUAUUUAAAAAGUAAAGGCCGAAUCAAACCUUCAUUUAAUACAUACACUCAGUUUCAGUUACGUAAAAAGCUACUUCCAUCAAAAAUGGGUCUUUGUGCAUCUGGUAUGAGCUCUGAAGAGCGUGAAGCUAUGGAGCGAAGUAAAGCACUAGAUAAACAAUUAAAGGAAGAUGCUGAACGAGCAGCUAAAGAUGUUAAAUUACUUCUGCUCGGGGCUGGUGAAUCUGGUAAAUCAACAAUAUUAAAACAAAUGAAGAUUAUUCAUAUGGAUGGAUAUUCAAAGGAAGAUUUCGAACAGUAUCGAGAAGUUGUCUAUUCGAAUACAAUUCAAUCAUUAGCAACGAUUAUUCGAGCUAUGGAAACACUUAAUAUUCAGUUUAGUUCAAGUGAUCGUGAGAGAGAUGCUGCUAUGGUAUUAGACAAAAUUUCUCGUAUGGCCGAUACAGAACCAUUCGAAAGUGAAUUACUUGAUGCAAUGAAAAAAUUAUGGAAUGAUAAUGGUGUACAACAAUGCUUUAAUCGUUCAAAUGAAUAUCAAUUGAACGAUUCAGCAAAAUAUUUUCUAGAUAAAUUAGAUGAAAUCGGCUCACCACAAUAUUUACCAAGUACACAAGAUAUUUUACGUACUCGAGUUAAAACAACUGGGAUUGUGGAAAUUAAUUUUACAUUUAAAGAUCUUAAUUUUCGUGUAUUUGAUGUUGGUGGUCAAAGGUCAGAACGAAAAAAAUGGAUUCAUUGUUUUGAAGAUGUAACAGCAAUUAUAUUUAUUGUUGCUCUCAGUGAAUACGAUCAAGUUCUUGUGGAGGAUGAAACAACAAAUCGUAUGCAUGAAUCACUUCGUUUAUUUGAUUCAAUUUGUAAUAACAAGUGGUUUGUUAACACAUCGAUUAUUCUCUUUUUAAAUAAGAAAGAUUUAUUUGCUGAAAAAAUUGCACGAUCAAGCUUAAGAAAAUGUUUCCCUGAAUAUCAAGGUAAAGAUGAAUAUACGGAAGCCAGCGAAUAUAUUCAAGCUCAAUUUGUAGCACAAAAUAAAAGCGAACAAAAAGAAAUCUAUUGCCAUUUAACAUGCGCUACAGAUACUGAAAAUGUUCAAUUUGUCUUUGAUGCUGUUACUGAUGUCAUCAUAACAAAUAAUCUCCGUGCCAGUGGUCUUUAUUAG